AUGCUAGGAAACAAGGAAACUUGGUGGUGGGAUGAGGACGUUCAAAAAAUCAUAGAAAGUAAAAAAAAGCAAUUCAAAGUAUGGCAGAAGAGUAAAAGGAGAGAAAACCGAAUGGAGUAUAAACGCUUGUGCAAAGAAGCCAAGUGUGCAAACAAAAACGCUAUGUCACGUAGAACAGUUUUACAUACAGUACAAAUACCUGAAAGAAGUGACUGUAGCUCGGCAUCAGAUGAUGAAGAUUUAUAUCAACCAAAAAAUAUAUUAGUGUAUGAUUCUGACAGUGAGGUAAGUGAAGUCAAUGAUGACAUACUCGUAAUACCCGAUUCUGAUGAAGAACCUGAUGAUUAUGAUGAUAUUCCACUUGAUGUUAGAUUGAAAAACUCACUCAUUUCAUUUAUUGUUGAACAAUCUAAUAUAUAUGCCAGUCAAGUACGUCCAAAUAAACCAGCCAAUAUCAGUAUAAAGGAAAUGGAACAGUUUAUUGGGAUAUGCCUUAAAAUGUCUAUUGUACACUUACCCUCUACUAGACAUUAUUGGGGCGAACUGGGCAUUCCAUCAAUAUAUAAUGUGAUGCCUCUCAAUAGAUUCGAAGAAAUAAAGAGAUUUCUCCAUUUUAAUGAUAAUUUGAAUUUGCCAAACAAUACUAACAAUAAUUAUGAUAAAUUGUUUAAAGUCCGUCCCCUUAUUGAUGCAGUUAGAACUAUAUGUACCUCUAUUCCAAAAGAAGAGUACCUUGCGGUGGACGAGCAAAUCAUACCCACUAAAUCCAGAUCAUCUCUCAAACAAUACAACCCUAAAAAACCCCAUAAAUGGGGCUAUAAAGUAUUUGUGUUAAGUGGUUUAUCUGGAUUUAGCUAUGAUUUUGAAAUUUUUGCUGGUGCUCAAACUAAUAUUAUGCCUGAUAACUUGCCUUCAUUCUCAGUAAGUAGCAAUAUGGUUGUAAAAAUGGCUGCAUCAAUACCAAGAAAUUGCAAUUACAAGAUAUUUUUUGACAACUGGUUUACAAGUAUAGACUUACUAAUUUAUUUGGAGAAAGAAGGUAUUCUUCCCCUAGGAACUGCUAGAUUAAAUCGCUUAACUGGAUUAAAUAUGCCAAGUGAAAAAGAUUUUAAAAAAAAAGGUAGAGGCACUUUCUGUGAGAAACUUACAACAAUUAAUGAUGUAACAUUAUCAGCAGUUUCGUGGUACGAUAACAAAUUAGUGAACAUGGUGUCCACUUAUGUUGGAAGUCAGCCAAUUGGGGAAAAAAAAAUAUUUUUUAGAAGUGAAAAAAAAUACAAAAUGGUACCGUGCCCCAAGGCAAUUGAUACAUAUAACUCUUAUAUGGGGGGAGUCGAUUCAAUGCUAGGCUACUACAGAAUAAGUAUCAAGUCCAAAAAAUAUUAUAUCAAAAUAUUUUUCCAUGUUUUGGAUUUGUGUGUGGUGAAUGCAUGGCUGCUAUAUCGUCGAGUUCAUACCGAUAACUCUUAUUUACCACUAGUAGACUUCAAACUCUUAGUAUCGGAAGUUUUAUGUGAAAAACAAAAAGUAUCACCGAAAAGGAGAGGGAGACCAACUUUAGAAGAAAACACAACUGAGUAUAUGUAUAAUGAAAAAAAACGGAGGAGAGGUCCUUGCAAGGAAAUUCCUGAACAAGAAGUAAGACUGGAUGGGUAUGAUCAUUAUCCUAUUCAUACCAACAAUCGUAUAAGAUCUGCAUAUGUCCCAUAUAUGGCACAUAAUAGUGCUGUAUACUCUAACGCAUAA